CUUUCCACCUCCCUCUGAUAAACCAGACGACAAAAAGAAGAGCACGAGACAUCACGGACAGUAGGAAGCGCGUGUCUUUGUGUUUUCAGAUUGACUGAAGCUCUACCAUGCCUGUCGCCUCCACAAGAACAGGGCCCGUGCCCCAGGUGUUAGACGCAGUGAGCGACAGCACCACCAGUUCUACCACGGCCAAUGAUCUGGAUCUCAUCUACCUCAAAGGGAUCAUGGAAAGCCCUCUGGAGCCAGAGGAGACCCCAAAAGAGCAACAUCUGUCACCUGUCAGGGAGAAUAACGUGGAGCUUUUGCAAGAAAUCCUCAGAGACUUGGACCCCUUUACACACCGCUCCAAUACUGCAGCUGAGCUCGCUCGCAUCCUAACACAGCCACACUUCCAGUCUCUUCUGGAGACUCAUGAUUCAGUGGCGUCUCAAACAUGUGAAAGUCCAGCCGUGAGCCCAGGUGACUAUGUAGAUAAUGACCAGGAAGACAGCCAAUCACAGAGCCUGCAACCACCACCCGAUGCAGUCGGCAUGGUGGGCAUACGCAAGGUAGCAGGGGAGCAUCUGGGUGUAACAUUUCGGAUGGAAGGUGGUGAUCUUGUGAUAGCCCGCAUCCUUCAUGGAGGGAUGAUAGACCAGCAAGGAUUGCUACACGUUGGCGACAUCAUCAAAGAGGUGAAUGGGCGUGAGGUGGGGCAGGACCCCAGGGUGCUGCAGGAGGAGUUGCAGGCCGCCAGUGGAGGUGUGGUUCUGAAGAUUCUUCCCAGUUAUCACGAAGCCAUACCGAGUGGUCAGGUGUUCUUUAAGUGUCACUAUGAUUAUGACCCGGCCAAUGAUAACCUAAUUCCAUGUAAGGAGGCGGGGCUAAGGUUUGAAACUGGAGACAUCCUGCAGAUCGUCAACCAGGAUGACAUCAACUGGUGGCAGGCCCGUCAUGUGGAGGGGGGGAGCACUGGUCUGAUCCCCAGUCAACUGCUAGAGGAGAAGAGGAAAGCCUUUGUCAAAAGAGAUGUAGAACUAACACCUGCAGGAAAUCUUUGCACUGGCAUUGGAGGAAAGAAAAAGAAGAAAGUUAUGUAUGUGACUACCAAAAAUGCAGAGUUUGACAGACAUGAGAUAUUGCUCUAUGAGGAGGUGACCAAGGUCCCACCAUUCAAGAGGAAAACACUGAUUUUGAUUGGUGCUCACGGGGUGGGGAGGCGGAGACUGAAGAUGAAGCUUCUUCUGAGGGACCCACAGCUGUUUGGCACCACAAUUCCAUACACCUCCAGAAAACCAAAAAAGGGCGAGCGUGAAACUCGGAUGUAUGCAUUCAUCAGCCGCAGCAAGAUCGAGAGUGACAUCAAAAACGGGCGAUAUCUUGAACAUGGCGAAUACGAUGGGAACCUGUAUGGAAUCAAGAUCGACUCAAUACAUGAGGUGGUGGAUGCUGGACGCAUCUGCAUCCUGGAUGCCAAUCCUCAGUCUCUGAAAGUACUGAGGACAUCUGAGUUCUUGCCCUACGUGGUUUUCCUGCAGUCUCCAGAGUUUGAGGUUCUAAAAGCAAUGAACCAGUCGGCAGUAGAGGCAGGCGUGGUUCCAAAGAUGCAGACGGAUGAAGAGCUGCAGAAUACAUGCAGCAGUAGCAGUCAGAUCCAGGCUGCCUGCAGUCACUACUUUGACCUCACCAUCGUCAACGACAAUUUGGAUGAGACUUACAGGACUGUAAAAGCUGCCCUGGACCAGGUUUCUAAAAACCCACAGUGGGUUCCGGUCACCUGGGUGUUCUAGAAGGAGUUAGCAGAGAGGACGAGGGGAAAGGAACCAUGCUUCUCUGCAAAUGAUCACUACUUUUGUUUAUUUUUCCAAAGCAUGUGAGAUAUGUAUAGUUGAUCGAGAAGAGAUUUCUAAUGUUUGAUAGGGGUUUGAUGGUAAUAAACAAACAGGACAGUA